AGAGCAUGGGCUUAAGAAGGCAACACUAACUCGUCCAAGGGCCGAUCACUGAGUGCCUGGGUCACAAGAACAUCCCGCACUACACCUCAUCCAACGGCACCAAGCUCUGAAGAAGGGUCUCGACCCACACCUUCUCUCCAGAGGCUGCCUGUCCCGCUGAAUUACUCCAGCAUUUUGUGUCUAUCUUCGGUCCAAACCAGCUUCUGCAGUUCCUUCAUACACAAGGAGAAGACUGACAUCGAGGGUACUUUGUUUGUGUACACCAGGUCGGCUUCACCUUACCAUGGUUUUACAAUCAUGAAUCGAUUAAACAUGAAGAACUUAGUUGAACCCAUCAACAAAGAUCUGGAGUUUCAAUUUCAAGACCCAUUUCUUCUUUAUAGAAAUUCAAAUCUGUCAAUUUACAGCAUCUGGUUUUAUGACAAGAACGACUGUCAGCGAAUUGCACAACUCAUGGCAAAGGUGGUGCAAAUGGAGGCCCAGAGAGUCCAACAAGAAUCCCCAGGGAGAACAACUCCAAAUAAAACCAACGGUUAUGAUGAAGAAAGUCCCAUUGAUAUCCUAGACAUGCUGAGCAAAGCCAAGGAAGAGUAUGAACAAACAUGUCAAUUUGGUGAUUCAAGUAUUUUGUCAAGUUCUCCGGGCAUACACAACUCUGUAGGCCUGGCAAUGAAAGCACCAACCGAUGAAUGUACCUCCUCCUCAUCACACCACCACAAGAAUAAUCUCUCAGGUGCCAAGCACUUGACUGUAGAGGAAUUAUUUGGCGCCCCUGUCGCAAAAGAACAAUCAAUAAACCCUAAUCAUGAUGUGGUGUUGACAUCUCAGCAAGAUGCUAAGUUGGGAAGCCAGAACUUGAUGCAACCCUUCACGUACGAACAAUCUACAGAUAAACACCUCGGGAGCCCCGAGAGUCUAAAUAACAAAAGUAGUUUUACUCGAUUGAAGUGCCAGGAGGCUUCCUCGGAAAUGCUCGUGACACCGGCAGCUCUCCAGAAAACUGAGAAAACGAAGCGCAUGUACAACGCUUGUACCAGUCCCCAUAUUCUUACUUCCCUAAAUUUUGAAGCUACUGCAAAUCAGACCGCAUCCACCAUCAGUACAAAUGGUCACAGUCAGAGAUUGCAACAGGAAGUCAAAACUAUUUCGCCACUUAUGAUGUGCCCACUUUCCUCAGAUGCAGCGUUUGCUCAUCAGACUACAUCGUCAGCAGGGAGCCAGCCUUCACAGACAGCCACUGGUGAUAGAACCACUUCAGAUAUUCCAUCCCAAGGUCAUGAACUGCUUCAGAAACUCAAACUCGCACAUCCACAUGAUCAGCCGCACCAGACUCUCGGCAAACCCUCCUUAGCUGCAAACUUUUCUCCACUGCUUGUAACACCAGAGUGCUUUAAAGAACCAAAUGUAAAAACUACAGAGGGCUCUUUGCAGGUUGUUCUCACGCCAACCACCUCUGCAAUGGGCCCGUCUAUGCUUCUGUCUCCCAGUAUGUUCAAGCAGUCAGCAGGAGCAAUGUCAGAAGCUGAGAGCAAGUAUGCUUCUGCUUCACCUUUAACGUUAGCAACGGAGGCCCGAUCUUCACCCUUGCCCACUGUUCUCAGCAAGACUCAACUUCAGGAAACACUAACUCAUCUAAUAAAGAAUGACUCUGAUUUCCUAAACACGAUCCACGAAGCCUAUCUACAGAUGCUCCUAAAGAAUGUGGUUAACAUUAAGUAAUGAAGAGAGACCCAGGAGUGAACACGAGUAAAAUAAUUAAAGAUUGCUGCAAUGAGCAACGUGAUGUUGUACGCAUUCAACACUUCACAAUAUUAGUUAUCAGUCUGUACAUUUAUGUAUUGUGAUCAUCUGGCAGUUUACCUCUACAAUCAUUGGUAUUUCUAGUUUAAACAUUGUAAGCACUUAUGUGAAAGUUUGCCAAAAUAAAAGUGUGUGUGCAUGUAGAGAUGGUAACAUCCUACUCAAUGCCUUAUGGCACAGAGAAGCUCAUCAGCAAUGGACAGGUUUUACUUGUUUUUUCUCUUUUUGGUUUUGGUAAGAAACAUUUCUAAAAUUACUUGAUUUUAUGUCUUGUUUGUUCCUGUUUGAAAAUGUGUCAGUGGCUUUGUCACCUUUUAAUGUGUAAAGUAAGCAUUCAUUUGAGUUUUUUCUCUUAAAAGUACAACAGAGUGUUUUAAAAGCAAUAAUAUGUCAUUGCUUAGAUGCAGAGGAAGGUGUUUUAAUCAGUUAUUUUAAACAUUUUCCAUUUAACGUGAAAUACUAUACAAAUUUGUAUAGAAGAGACAGACAUUGUAUAAUUAAAAGUAAAUGAAAAAGUGAGCAGGAUACUGAGGCCAAUAAAAACAUAGAAACAUAGAAAAUAGGUGCAGGAGUAGGCCAUUCGGCCCUUCGAGUCAGCACCGCCAUUCAAUAUGAUCAUGGCUGAUCAUCCUAAAUCAUUACCCCAUUCCUGCUAGUGAAAAGUAGCAACUAAAUCUCUCUCCUAAUAAUUGAGUGUGAUCAGUUCAACACUGUCUCUGAAUGCUUAUUUUGCAUUGUGGAUCCACUUACAGAUGUAAAAAGCAGCAAUGACAUAAGCAGAUUCAAAGUUACACAGUGUUCCAAAAUGAAUUAAACCUGCACAUUUUUGCAUGUUAAUAUCAGUUUCACUUGCUUAUUCUUAGGAUCAAACUUAUACCCAGUUAUAACAUCACCUUACUUUAUGGAUAAACUGUCUAUAUUGCAGGUGUUCGGAAACAUUAAAAUCAUAAAUACGUAUUCAUAAUUUGAUAAAUUCGUAACAUUGCUUGGUUUGUAAUAGUCAAAUUGGUUCCUAAUUUCCCUGACAAACUAAGUAUUUUGGUCAUUAAUUGGUAUCGGGUUGCAAAAUGUUCAAAUUAAUCAAAGUUACAAAUCAAAAUAUGUGCACAAUAGAUUUUCAACGUAAGAGAGGUGAUGUGUACUAAUUUCUUCGGCAGUACACUAUUGAAUUGGUGAUUGGCUAUUCGCGGUCUUGCGUAAAGACAGUAAUACUGUUUAAUUCAGUUGAUGAAGUGAAACAAAGAUUUCCGCUUGAACAAUGUCUCGCUGCAUGUAUCUCAGUUGCUCAAUAAAAUUUAAAACCUUUUGUUAUCA